CAAUACACUUUUUUGCCGCAAGCCAAAAAAUGUGGUUUAUAUACUGAUUGAUUUAUUUAUUUUUAUAAAGUUGUAAAUAAACAAUCAUGGAACUUCUAUGCCAACUUGAGCAUGACGGACAACUACUUGACAUGCCCACAACAGUUAGAGGCGCACCCGCUCUCUUAGGCGUUGACUUAUUCUCGUUAGUCAAAGUGAAGCACCUUUCACUCCAUAUGGCUUCAUCUUCGCGAAUAUGUGUAGGGAAAAAACUCUCUUUAGUAGCCUAAAAAAAUACUCUUCGCAUGAUGAGUGAAUCUACAUGUAAUGUAUAUGGAUGCAAAAUAACUGGCGCUCAACGUUCAGCAAAUAUUUCAUCGCGCUCUAUCAAGUGUAUAGGUGACACUCAAUCAAUCGGUAUGUGUGCACGGCGUGUUAAGACCCGCAAGCAAAUGUGGACUAAAAGCGAAGCAAAAAGUGAUAAUACAAGCGCAAAUGAGCAAAGUGAAGAUGUCGAAUUGACUAUGAAAGUUCUAGUGGUGGCUGAUAUUGAUAAUACUACGAAUGUUAACAAAGUUGCCAAUAUUUCAAGCUUGCCGAAGUGUCACAUAUCAACGACUACAACGUCGCCUACUAAUACAAGACAAUUGCUCAGAAAUCUGUUGUCCUUCACUUUGAUAACAAUGUUGUACUUGCUUUUGUCUUUACCCGCUCCGAGCUUAAUAGAAGCAGCUCCCGCGCCUUGGUCGAAUGCUUGUGGCUAUACGCUCGAAUUUGACAGUGCUAAUAAGCAACAUGUCAAUAGAACAGCACUUCGUGCGAAGGUACUUUGCGAACUACGUGGCAAUCUAACGAAACAAAUUAAAGCCUUAAGGCCUUUUAUGGGUCCUAAAAAUGUCUCAAAAGUAUAUUCCAAACACUCAUAUGCAUUUCUAAAAGUUGCCGGAAGAAAAAAUCUCACUUUAAGCACUUGGCACAAGCAUUUGCAAGUUUAUGCUCUUACCGUUGACCGUUUACUCGGCAACGCUUCCAAUGCCAACAAAAAUACUAGUACAUUUAAUUCAAAUAAAAUUGACAACAUAACCAGCACUAAUCUCCAGCGACUAGAGCAUCUCAAUAACUCACUUCGUGGGAUACUCUGUGAUAUCCAAAUGGCUGCCACCUCAUUGAAAGGUCGUCCAAUUAAUACAACAAUAGAUGUUGUUGCAGCAAAUAAGCGAAUACAACUUAGUACAGACAAGCGUUCGCGAGAUGAAGGAGUUGAUCCAGUUGAUAUUGAUAUAGUAUACGAUAAGUUGCGAAAGCUCUUAUUGAACAUGAGGAGACACAUAGGACAGAAAUACAAAUGUCGUAGAAAUAAAAAAGGAAGAAGAAAGACGACGGAAGCUUCGACGAAUCGGCGAAGAUUACAGGCUAAACGUAAUCAUUCAAAAACGCCCUAAUAUAUUAUAUAUUUUAAUAUACUUAUCAUGACAAUUCUUCGAAAUAUUCAUAACUCAGGCAUUAUUAUUAUAGAUAGAGGAUCGUCAUAUUAUAAUUGAUUCAUUAUAACUAAACUCUAAUAUGCUUUCAGUCAGCGAUUUUCAUUAUUUCAUAAUUAUUUUCUAACUUUUCGUUUUUUUUUCUAUUUGAACAUUUCAUUUCAAAAUUUAUAUGUCAUUUUCGAAAUUUUUGUUUCUUCAUAUUUGAACAUUUCAUUUCAAAAUUUUCGUUUUUGUUUUAUUUGAUUCAUAUUUGAACAUUUCAGUUCGAAAUUUUUAGGUCAUUUUCGAAUUUUUAAUUUUUUUAUAAUUGACUUUAAUUGUUAUUAGUUAUUUAUUUAAAACUUAAGAUUAAAAUUACAUCGUUUUAGUUGGAGUAGACCCUUAUUUCGAAUAUUAUUUUAAAUAUUUAAAGCAACAUAUCCAAUAUCUGCAAUAUUUUUAAUCAACUAAAGUUAUCAUAUUCGAUCUGGUUCAAAUUAUUUCAUUUUUUUCGGUAAAAAUUAAAUAAAAAUUUAAAAAGUUUUGAAAAAUAAUUAACUGUCAUUAAUCCCACCAAUUAGCCAUCUGGUUAAGCCUCUAGAUAAGUUUAAUAUUUCUUCUAAGACAGUUGACAAAAUUAUUAAGGAAAAUUUUUAUAUUAAAAUACGGAUCAUACUUUAGCAGUAUUAUAUGUCAUUUGGUUAGAAUCAUACAUCGAAUGAAGUAUCUUCAAAAAACAACUAAAUAAUUAUUAUAUAAAAUUAGGCUGUGAUUUAACAAAAUUUAAUGAAGUUUUAAUUGUAUUGUAAUUACAUAAGUAUUUAUUUGUUUAAAUUAUACCUUUAAUAAUAAAAUAUUUAUAUACAGGCAUAUACAUAUAUA